CAGCAGUGCACUUCCUGUAGGCGGCGAGAAAGUCUAGUCAUGAUGGUUUGUGUUUUCAUACGGCGUGUUUUGACUGUAGUGUAGGUGUUGUAUAGGUAUUUCUCUUGCUGUAGUGCACUUAUCUUCAUGUAGGGUCUCGGCUGUGUCUUAUAAUCUGAUCGUCUGUGUUGUCGUGCUGAAAUGAGUGAUGUUGUGGAGAAAACUCUCACUGCUCUGCCGGGUUUAUUUGAUUCUCAAACUGGAGCUGCAAAAAUCACCAACAGAUUAAAACAGCUAAUCAAGAGCAUCACAGAGCUGACAUCUAAACAUGAGGAGGAGAACCUCAUGAAACAGGAGCUGUCAGCCAUGAAAGAGCAGGUGUCGUCUCCUAACACCACCAUGAAGCAGAUGAGAGAGGUCAUGGUGCGAGCCAUGUACUGUGAGAUGCUGGGCUACGACGCCUCCUUCACCUACAUUCACGCCAUCAAACUGGCCCAGCAGGGCAGCGUCCUGGAGAAGAGAGUGGGGUACCUCGCAGUGUCUCUUUUCCUCAGCGAGGGCCAUGAAUUGCUGUUGCUGCUGGUAAACACGGUCUUAAAGGAUCUUCAGAGCACUAACCUCAUUGAAGCGUGCAUGGCGUUGACUGUUGUAGCUCAGGUGUUCCCCAAAGACAUGAUACCUGCUGUCCUUCCUCUGGUAGAAGACAAGCUGUCACAUCCAAAGGAGAUCAUUCGGAGGAAAGCCGUCCUGGCGUUGUAUAAGUUUUAUCUCAUCGCUCCGAAUCAAGUCCAGCACAUUCACGCCAAGUUCCGUAAGGCCCUGUGCGACAAAGAUCCGGGCGUCAUGACAUCAUCACUGCACAUUUACCUACAGCUGAUCAGGGAGAGUCCAGACGGCUAUAAAGAUCUGACAGGCAGUUUCGUCGCCAUCCUGAAGCAGGUGGUGGGUGGGAAACUCCCAAUGGAUUUUAACUACCACAAUGUUCCUGCUCCAUGGCUGCAGAUCCAGCUGCUCAGGAUCCUCUCGCUGCUCGGAAGAGAGGACCAAAGCACCAGUGAGCUGAUGUAUGAGGUUCUGGAUGAGUCUCUGCGCAGAGCGGAAAUGAACCACAACAUCACUUACGCAAUCCUGUAUGAGUGCGUGAAGGCUGUCUACACCAUACACCCCAAAGCUGAGCUGCUGGAGAAAGCGGCGAGAUGCAUUGGGAAUUUUGUUCUGUCUCCAAAGAUCAACCUCAAAUAUCUUGGUUUGAAAGCCUUGACGUACGUCGUCCAGCAUGAUGCUAAACUGGCCCUGCAGCAUCAGAUGACCAUUAUUGAGUGUUUGGACCACUCCGAUUUCACUAUUAAGAGAGAGACUCUUGAAUUGUUGUUCAGGAUCACAAACGCUCAGAAUGUGACCGUGAUCGUGGAGAAGAUGCUGGACUUCCUGCGCAGCUGCAACGACGAGCACACCGUCAUCCAUCUGGUUGGAAAAGUUGCAGAGCUCGCUGAAAAGUUUGCUCCAGAUAACUCGUGGUUCAUUCAGACGAUGAAUGAUGUUUUUUCCAUCGGUGGAGAUUUGCUGCAACAGGACGUCCCAAACAACUUCCUGCGACUGCUGGCAGAGGGCUCAGAGUCGAAAGAGGAAGAUGAUGAGUUACGGCUGUAUGCUGUCGACUCGUAUCUGACUGUGCUGAAGGGAGACACUUCUCAUCUGCCCCAGCGCUUCCUUCAGGUCAUGAGCUGGGUUCUUGGGGAAUACUCUGACCUCCAAGAGUGUGUGGACCAGCGUGAGGUCAUCCGACUCCUGACGAAGCUGCUGGAUCAGAGAAGCGUGACCUCAGAGACGCGGGUCUGGAUACUUUCUGCCCUGACCAAGAUCUCAGAGGGCCAGACAGACCUGAUUCUGGACCUGUCCGAGAGCCUUUCGUCCUCCCAGGACACGGUGCUCCGUCAGCAGGCCCAGGAGCUGCGUCACCUCAGCCGGGACUCACAGCUCCAUGAGUGGGCAUUGCCCCGUGGAGCGCCCUGGGACAGCAUGGAGGUCGACUCUUCUCUGUCAUUUCUGGAUGGGUUCGUGUCGGAGGCUUUGGCUGCAGGAGCUGCACCGUAUAAACCUCCACAUCAGAGACAGGAAGAGCUUUGUGAGGAGAGAGCAUUGAAUCUGGAGCCGUACAGUUUUUCUCUUCCUGUAAGUUUAUCAUCAUGUAGCAUCACAGACAGACAGUCUCCCACAAUGCUGUCCGUCAGUUCAGGAAUUUCGGGCAACAGCACUGAACUCUCUCAGAAAGCAGGUUCCAGCACUGUGAUUCUUGAGGGUGUGAAGAGAGUUUGGGGGAAAGAUGGGUAUCUUCCACAAAAAGAAACAGCAGCAACAGCACCUCCAGUGGACGAACCCAGAGUUGCAGUUCAGUCCUCCGGCCAGCAGGAGGCAGCAGAGCGAACAGAGCCUCAGCCAGAGCCGCCGACGCAAAACCAGGACAAACAGCAGCUGGCUUCCUCUUUGUUUGUUGGUUUGGGAGCCCAGAGCUCCAUAUCUCUGCUGGGAAAAUCCGAAGCCCCGCCCCCUCGCUUUCGAAAAAAGCCCCGCCCACAUGAGUCAUCAUCAUCAUCAGGCACCAGCGAGAGAUCCUCCGUCUCCUCCUCCCGCUCCUCACAUAGCACGACUGACAGCUUCCUGUACGGCAUUUUGCUGGAGGAGGAGCCGGCCACGUCCAUAUCCGGUGUUGACCACACCCCCAAAUCCACCACAGCCAAUGGGCUGGGUCAAAACAAACGCACGGACGGAGACCGACGCACAAACACGUCUCAGAUUCUGGGCAGCGAUAUGGUGAUAGUGCGGCCCAACACAAUACAGGACAAAUAUCCUUCAUCCGUGUCUUCAGAUCUGACCGCGCUGUUACCCCCUGACCUCAAAGACCUACCUCACUCUGAUGUCACCAGCCUGACCUCUGACCCCAGCCUGUCUCUGGCCUCCUGCCGAGUGUUCAGAGAUGAAGCUUUGCUGCUUGUGAUCUUCAUUUGUAACUGCACAGAGACUGUAAUAAAAGAUGUCGCGGUACAGCUGACCUGUGAGGAGCUGCAGACGGCGAGUUUGAGAGGGAAUGUCGUAGACUGUCUGGAGGGCAGGAGUACGUCUGUGUGUCAUUACGCUCUGCUGAUGGACGACCCUCACACAAACGUGUCCUUUACCGGGACCGUCUCUUAUCAAACACAGCCUGGACACACAAACACACUCUCUUUCUCUGGGACACUGUCCACAGCCGACUUUAUCAGGCCUUUGGUUGUAACCACAGAGGAAUAUGGGAAACUCUGGCUGUCUCUGUCUCAUGAUGUCAAACAGAAUCUGAAACUGCUCACAGAUGCUGGAGACCCGCUCAGAACCACCCUGAACGCUCUCAAAGACGCCCUACAGCUACAUGUAGUGGACAUCAUCGGCUCAGAGGGAAUAGUAGCAUGUCGGCUGCUCAGUGGCGCCCCCUGUCUUCUGCACUGCAGAGUGAACGGCACUGCUCUGGCCAUGUGGCUGCGCUCUCCUCACCCUGCUCUCCCAGACUGCAUCCUGUACCACUGCCAGAGAGCUCUCGCUGAACAUUAACCAUCCAGAAACCCUCGGCCAGACUUCCAGGGACGCUCCGGUUGUCGUGCAAUGACUGUUUGAAAGCAAUACCUGUGUAUUGCGUGUCUUAUGCUCUGACUAAUAAUUUUAAUGAUAUAUAUAUUUUUUGUACACAGUUACUGCAUUGUGUCAUAUAGUAAAAAGUAUUUAUUGAUUUUAAACA